AUGCACGAGCCUGACCAGGAGAAGACAUCUGUCGUAACAGAACGAGGACUCUACUGUUACCAAGUCAUGCCCUUCGGCCUAAAAAAUGCUGGAGCAACCUAUCAAAGGUUAGUAAAUAAGAUGUUUGCACCUUUAAUUGGCUGGAAUAUGGAAGUCUAUGUGGAUGACAUGCUGGUAAAAAGUCGACUCUCAACCCAGCAUGAGAAUGACCUGGCAGAAGCUUUCAACAUCCUACGAAAAUACCAUAUGAAGCUAAACCCUGACAAAUGCACUUUUGGGUUUAGAGCCUUAACGGACGAAUUAUUUCUAUACCUCGCCGUCUCAGAAACGGCAGUGAGUUCGGCCCUAGUCAAAGAAGAAAAUGGACGCCAGGUACCUGUGUAUUAUACCAGCAAGGCACUAGUCGAUGUUGAGACCCGCUACCCGUCGAUUGAAAAAAUGGCAUUAGCAUUAAUAGUGGCAGCCCGGCGACUGAGGCCCUAUUUUCAGGCCCACGCCAUCCACGUACUUACAAACCUUCCGCUGAAACAGGUCCUUCAGAAGCCCGAAACUUCGGGACGAUUAAUGAAAUGGGCCGUGGAACUAGGAGAAUAUGACAUACGAUAUAAGCCUCGAACAGCUGUUAAAGGGCAGGCAAUCGCCGACUUUAUCGCUGAUUUAACUCCUGGCUUAAUACCACAAAGUGAAGAUAUCCCCCUUGGCACCCAUGACGGUCACUCAGCAGAUCCAGAGCUAUGGACAAUCUAUGUAGACGGAUCCUCAAAUGGCCAAGGUUGUGGAGCAGGAGUAGUACUCCUGUCACCUUCCAAGGAAUGCAUGGAAGUUGCUUUAAGAUUUGGGUUUAAAACUUCCAACAAAGAAGCUGAGUAUGAAGCCCUAAUUGCCGGACUCCAAGUAGCACGAGGACAAGGUGCCAAACAUCUGCUUGUCCAUAGUGAUUCCAUGUACAACCAGGUUAGUGGAGAAUAUCAGGUAAAAGGGGAAAGGCUAAGUGCCUACAAAAAACAGGUACAACAACUAUUAGCCGAAUUUCCAAAAUGGGAGAUUCAGCAGAUUUCUCGAUCAGAAAAUAGGAAUGCGGAUGCUUUAUCCCAAUUGGCAACCGCUUAUCAAACCAACGUUGGUAGAACUAUCCCUGUCACAUUCGUACCACAAUCUAGUACAGAGAAGACCCUCGUUGUCUACGCUAUGAAUGUCCCAGGCCAUGACUCAUGGAUGUGUUCGAUCAUUAAAUACCUUAAUACGUGA